GUGAUCCUGCGAGCGCAGUGAUAUCAGUCCCCCGCAUCUUAUCAGGAGCUUAUCUCAGGAUUAAAUACACGCUGAGAGCGGGGGCAAUCGAUUAACAAGGAUACUUCCCUGCUUAUGAAAUAUUAAUUCUUGCACAGCUUUGCGAGCGCAUGAACUGACAGAGUAAUUGCUUAUGUCGAAAGUAAAAGUUGAUGCACAUGGGCAGUUAAGACAUAGUUAGAAGAGCUUUUGACAGGAAAAGAAUUGCUUCCAGUCGCUUAACAGGAAUUAGCAGGAGCUUCUCCUUUAAAUACCCUCACGAAUUUAUUGUAAUUAGUUCGACCAGGGGGGAUAUAGAUACAAACGCUAAUCCUAGAGGAUACCUUCUGCAUUUGGAAGAGAGAACCCAUUUCUGCUAUCACAGAAUUUUCGCAGUAUUGGCAUCAAGUGGAAAAAGCUUUUCCAGUUAAAACUAGUGCUUCAAUACUUUUUCAAUAGGUUUUUAGCAAAUGUACAUUAAUGGACACGGAGCCAUGAGGCGGCUCAAACUUACACCGUACGUCUUACUUUGUGUUCUGUGCUACAUUCUUUAUACAGAAGCCUUCCCAUAUUCAGAAACGCACAAGCGCCUGUCGUUGCGACAACAGAAACUUGUCAAAGGACUUGUAUGUGUAAUCAAGGACAUUCCAUUCCAGAGUUGUUUGCAGGAUGAUGAAAUCAGCAGGAUAGCAGACAUUGUCAUAAGGAAAGUACAAAGCUCGGAUGAUAUCAGCAGCAUUGCUGCCGAAACUGCCGACAUGAUUCAACAGUCCGAUGUGUCAGAUAGUGACACAUAUGAUAGAAGAAAGAAGGUUAUGAACGACUGGUAGUUCAUUGUUUCCCAAUUGGAGGAUUUCCUCUUAUCCACGGAAAUGCGAUCUAAAAAGAAGAGUGGUCGAAGUAAUUUUUAUGGAGACUGGUAGACUCUAAGCCUGUGGGAAUUUCAUUUCGUUAUUUUUGCUAUGAAAAGUCUUCUAAAUAUUCAUUGAAAGAUGCCAGAGAUCUAAAAAAAA